GGAGCUGGAGCUGGAGCGCGGGCGGGCUAGGUGCGCGCCGCGGGCGCCGCUCGGUGUGGCUGGCCCUUCGGGGAGGAGCGUCAGGGGCAGGCUUCCCUGGUCCCCAGCGCCCCCUGCAUGGAAGGGUGGCCCGCCGCCGCGCCCGAGCCCUAGGGGGACCCCCCAGCCCACGGAGGGGCUGCCCAGGAGUUUGGGAGGCGCCCGGGAAAGUUUGCUCCAGGGGGGCCGCGCGCUGCGGGCCGGGAAAGGAGGCAGGGAGAGGCCCCCCCUGCGCACCCCCAGCGGGUCUCUCCGAAGCGCCCGCGGCAGCAUGGCGAGGGGGGCAGGUCGGGAGAAGGCCGCCGGGCCGGCUCGCUGCUCCUCCGGCAGCCGGAACCCCCGCUGCCUCCCCCGCUGGCGUCGGGGCAGCGCUUUCCAGCGGCCCCUCUGGCUCGUUUACAUGGCGCUUCUCUGGAGGCUCAGCGCGGCCGAGACGGAGUUUUCCAUCUUGGAUGAAGCGCAAGUUUUAGCAACUCAGAUGAAGAAACUUGCCACGGAGGAGCUGGGGGUCGUCACUAUGCAGCGGAUAUUCAACUCCUUUGUGUAUACCGAAAAAAUCUCAAAUGGAGAAAGUGAAGUUCAACAGCUGGCAAAAAAAAUUCGAGAGAAGUUUAACCGUUACUUGGAUGUAGUGAAUCGCAAUAAGCAAGUAGUGGAAGCGUCAUAUACUGCUCACCUGACGUCACCCCUGACUGCAAUCCAGGACUGCUGUACUAUUCCACCGUCUAUGAUGGAGUUUGAUGGGAAUUUUAACACCAAUGUUUCUAGAACUAUUAGCUGUGAUAGAUUGUCCACCACAGUUAAUAGCAAAGCCUUCAAUCCAGGACGUGAUUUAAACUCUGUUCUUGCUGACAAUCUGAAGUCUAACCCAGGAAUUAAAUGGCAAUACUUUAGCUCAGAAGAAGGCAUUUUUACUGUGUUUCCAGCACACAAGUUCCGGUGUAAGGGAAGUUACGAACACCGUAGCAGGCCUGUCUAUGUCUCUACGGUUAGACCCCAGUCUAAGCACAUAGUUAUCAUUGUGGACCAUGGGGCUUCAGUCACAGAGACACAACUUCAAAUCGCCAAAGAUGCAGCUCAGGUUAUUCUGAGCUCUAUAGAUGAACAUGAUAAGAUCUCAGUGCUCACCGUGGCAGACACAGUAAGAACCUGCUCACUGGAUCAGUGCUAUAAGACAUUUUUGUCUCCUGCCACUAGUGAGACAAAAAGGAAGAUGUCCACCUUCGUUAGCAGUAUAAAGUCAUCCGACAACCCUACCCAGCAUGCAGUGGGAUUUCAAAAGGCUUUUCAAUUAAUACGAAAUACUAACAAUGGCACAAAACUGCAAGGAAAUACAGAUAUGGUCAUAAUUUACCUGUCAGCUGGGAUUACAUCAAAAGAUGCUUCAGAUGAUGAUAAAAAGACUACUCUCCGUGUCAUCAAUGAAGAAAAUAGUUUCCUCAAUAACUCAGUAAUGAUUCUCACUUAUGCACUCAUGAACGAGGGAGUGACAGGCUUAAAAGAACUGGCAUUUCUCCGAGAUCUGGCAGAACAGAAUUCGGUGAAGUAUGGAGUGCCUGAUCGAACUGCCUUACCUGUGAUCAAGGGGAGUAUGAUGGUCUUGAACCAGCUCAGUAACUUGGAAACCACAGUGGGUCGAUUUUAUACAAACCUCCCCAACCGAAUGAUUGAUGAGGCCGUCUUCAGUCUGCCUUUCUCCGAUGAAAUGGGAGACGGUCUGAUAAUAACUGUAAGUAAACCUUGUUACUUUGGAAACAUGCUGCUUGGGAUUGUGGGAGUGGAUGUUAACCUGGCAUAUAUCUUGGAGGAUGUCACCUAUUAUCAAGAUUCUUUGGCUUCCUACACAUUUCUCAUAGACAAUAAAGGGUAUACUCUUAUGCAUCCAUCCCUUACAAGGCCUUAUUUGCUGUCUGAACCACCACUUCACACUGACAUCAUACAUUAUGAGAACAUUCCAAAAUUUGAAUUGGUUCGGCAGAACAUCCUUAGCCUCCCUCUGGGCAGUCAGAUUAUUACAGUCCCAGUGAACUCUUCACUGUCUUGGCAUGUAAACAAACUGAGAGAAAUUGGAAAAGAAGCCUAUAACGUCAGCUAUGCCUGGAAAAUGGCCCAAGACACAUCCUUCAUUCUUUGUGUUGUGGUAAUACAGCCAGAAAUACCUGUUAAACAGCUCAAGAAUCUGAACACCGUCCCUAGCAGCAAGCUACUGUAUCAUCGACUGGAUCUAUUGGGCCAGCCCAACGCCUGUCUGCACUUCAAGCAGCUGGCGACCUUAGAAAGUCCCACAGUAAUGCUGUCUGCAGGUAGUUUUUCUUCUCCAUAUGAACAUCUGAGCCAACCUGAGACCAAACGGAUGGUAGAGCACUACACAGCAUACCUCAGCGACAACACCCGUCUUAUUGCUAACCCCGGGCUUAAAUUCUCUGUCAGAAAUGAAGUAAUGGCUACCAGUCACGUCACAGAUGAAUGGAUGACUCAAAUGGAAAUGAGUAGCUUGAACAGUUACAUUGUCCGCCGUUACAUAGCAACGCCCAAUGGGGUGCUCAGAAUUUAUCCUGGUUCUCUCAUGGACAAAGCAUUUGAUCCCACUAGGAGACAAUGGUACUUGCAUGCAGUGGCUAAUCCGGGGCUAAUAACUUUCACUGGUCCCUAUUUAGAUGUUGGAGGAGCUGGCUAUGUUGUUACAAUCAGCCACACUGUUCAUUCUUCAAGUGCACAAAUGUCGUCAGGACAUUCUGUGGCUGUGAUGGGCAUUGACUUUACUCUAAGGUACUUCUAUAAGGUUCUAAUGGACUUGCUACCAGUUUGCAACCAAGAUGGAGGAAACAAAAUAAGGUGCUUUAUUAUGGAGGAUAGAGGGUAUCUCGUGGCACACCCAACUCUCAUUGAUCCUAAAGGUCAUGCUCCGGUAGAACAGCAGCAUAUUACACACAAGGAACCUUUGGUAGCAAAUGACAUUCUAAACCACCCAAACUUCGUGAAGAAAAACCUCUGCAAUAGUUUCAGUGACAGAACAGUUCAGAGGUUUUAUAAAUUUAACACUAGCCUAGUGGGUGAUCUGACAAACCUGGUGCAUGGCAGCCACUGUUCUAAAUACAGACUGACAAGAAUACCUGGAACCAAUGCCUUUGUUGGAAUAGUCAAUGAAACUUGUGACUCUCUUGCUUUCUGUGCCUGCAGUAUGGUAGACAGGCUCUGUCUGAACUGUCACAGAAUGGAACAAAAUGAAUGUGAAUGCCCUUGUGAAUGCCCUCUAGAGGUCAAUGAAUGUACUGGCAACCUUACCAAUGCAGAAAGCAGGAAUCCUAGUUGUGAAGUCCACCAGGAACCGAUGACAUUCACAGCAAUUGAUCCUAGCCUACAGGAUGCUCUUCCACAAUGUAUUAACACACGGUGUAAUCAGAGGCUGGAGAGUGGGGAUUGCUUUGGCGUGUUGGACUGUGAGUGGUGUAUGGUGGACAGCGAUGGAAAGACCCAUCUGGAUAAAUCCUACUGCGCACCUCAGAAGGAAUGCUUUGGUGGCAUUGUGGGAGCUAAAAGCCCUUAUGUGGAUGACAUAGGUGCGAUAGGAGAUGAGGUGGUCACUUUGAACAUGAUAAAAAGUGCUCCGGUUGGUCCUGUAGCUGGAGGUAUUAUGGGAUGCAUCAUGGUGCUCGUUCUGGCAGUAUACGCGUAUCGUCACCAGAUCCACCGUAGGAGUCACCAGCACAUGUCACCUCUUGCUGCACAGGAAAUGUCAGUGCGUAUGUCCAACCUGGAGAAUGAUAGGGAUGAGAGAGAUGAUGACAGCCAUGAAGACAGAGGAAUCAUCAGCAACACUCGGUUUAUAGCAGCUGUAAUUGAGCGGCACGCGCACAGUCCAGAACGUAGACGUCGGUACUGGGGGCGAUCGGGAACAGAGAGCGAUCACGGCUAUAGCACUAUGAGUCCUCAGGAAGACAGUGAAAAUCCUCCAUGCAAUAAUGAUCCACUGUCAGCUGGUGUUGACAUUGGAAACCAUGAUGAAGAUUUAGAUCUGGAUACCCCACCUCAAACAGCUGCACUCUUGAGUCAUAAGUUUCACCACUACAGGUUGCACCAUCCAACUCUUCAUCACAGCCACCACUUACAGGCGGCAGUCACAGUGCACACUGUGGAUGCUGAAUGCUAAUACACUUAAUUCUUUGGGAAAAGAUGGCAAAAGAAAUGCUGUUCGUUAGCAACGAUCCAUACAGCAAUGGGGAGCUUUGUGGUUUUGCUUUUACCAGGAGUGGUUUAACUACCUUCCUAAAGAAACUGUUACGUGCACACAACGUUUACAUUUACAAAAUGUAAUGUUGGCUCUGGAAUAGAGGGAAAAGGAGCAUGAUGAAUGGACCUGCCAUAACAUUUUAAUAAAAUGCAGCGGGAGGCCUGUUAGACCUCCAAACACAGGGAUAAAAGUUUAUACAGUAACUGAAGCUUUAGGAACCCUGUUAAGCUGAGCCAAGAGAAGGGAGAACUCAAAGAAGAUGAAGAUGUUUUACUUUCCUUAACUGGAAGAGUAUAAAUCUGUGCUGCCAGAGACAAAAAAGGUGCUGGAUACAGAAAUGGUUUUUUUGAGGUUUCCAUGUGUUUUUUAGAAAGUACAUUGCUCUUACAAUUGCUGUGUCGGACCUGGGACAAUGCAUCUCAAGAUUUUUAAGUAAAGGAUUAUUUUUCUACUAUUUAUUGAACUUGAAACAUUCAUGGACUUUGGGGGGGAGGGGAAAACACAUUGGUGACUAUUGACAAGGACAGCACGCAUUCUGUGUGAUGGUGAAGUCAUUCUUCCAAGGAAGGUGUCUGUUUCUUAUCAGCUGAUAUUCAUCCACAGUCCCACUUUGCAAAAAGGGAAAAUGAAGAAUCACUCUCUGAUUUGUUUACAUGUUUUCUAGCCACAGUCAUUUUGUGUAAAUUUUGCCACCGGAUUUGUAAUAGGUUGAGUUUUUUUUAAAUUUGCAAAAGGGAAGAAUCCUCUGCUUCCCUACCAAAGCACUAAGUAUUUUCCCUGUCUUUACAUCUCUGACCUCCCUUACAGGCCCUCAAGAUCUGGGACAGGAUUCCCUUCACUGUAAUAAUACAGUUUGAACUACAUUAACGAUCAAAGCAUUCCAAAAUGAAAUACAUCCCAUUUCUCUGUCUCCUUAGACCAUUGGCAAAAUCAGAAGGUGGUAAAACACAUUGUAAAAUUCAGAUUGUUACAGAAGGUUUCUGUUGAAGUCAUAAUUAUAAACUGCUGCUGUUUAUCUGGAAUUCAGUACUGCUUUGUGAUUCAUGCAGGGAUUAAUCAAGUCUCGCUAAUACAACAUGGGGCAUCAUAAUUUUAAAUUAGUUUUAAAUCACAGUGUUGUAUUUUAGAUUCACGUUGUGUGAUUAAAAUGUUAUACAAACAUUCUUGCACUGUGCAUAUGAUAAACAUCCAUUUAUGUAGGGAUUUUUUUUAAAGAUUUCUGAAUACCGUUUUAAUGAAUAGGGUACUUAAUACUGUAUUAUAUAAAAAAAAUAGGUUCAUAAACAGUACAGUAAAGUAAGUAUACGUGUGAUAUCAGGAUACCCCUUUAUACUAUGUAUAAAAUUUCAAUCUCUAGUGAAAUAAACUGUAUAAAGUAUAGUUCUGUGAAUUACUUAUGGUUGAACUCAGAUUGUUCCCUUUCAUUUCCCUCUCAUUCUGUGGCUGAAUGGGUAUUUCAAAGGAAAGUUCUGUAAACAUCUUGACAGUCAGGACUCUUAUCUCGAUGGUUCUCUCUCUAGUUCUGAUGGGCUUUAUUUUUACAUGCAGUUUGCAGUAUUUGUUUUAAAAAUCUAUUUUAAGAAGCCCUGUUUGUAACUACUUUGAACAGUACAUCUCCUGGGAAAGUUCAAGCACAAUGCAAGCUUACCUUGGCCAGUAAUAACAGCGUAUAGAAAAAAUAAGGUAUUGAAAAUGUGAUUGUGUUUGCUUUGCUGUUUAUUGCUGGUUUUAUGGGAAAGGGUGGGGAGGAGGGGAGUUCUGAGCAGGCAGUUCCUGAAAGAUAUUAAAUCCUGUUCAUGUUUUUGAGAUGUUCAUGCUAGAAUCUUGUUUCUCUUUUUGGAGCACAGAAUAUCUUUGAUCUUUGUGCCCAACUUACUGGGAGUUCUCAGUGAGAAUUAACAAUAAUACCUGGCUCUUGGGCAGUGAGCUACU